GGGACGGACUACCGCUUUCAACACUUUUUCAGGGAUGUAGUCGUCUGUCGGUGCAUGCACAACUUGAACCAGUUCAUGCACUGACUCCUGAGGCUGCGCGCUUCUGUUGCCAGGCGGUCGGAGCUGUUGCUUUCAGUAAAUGCGCAGGUGAACAGUCCUUUGUAAGUCGUUCCUCACGAUUUCUACAUUACGUGUUUGAUGUUUAACAAUUCAGUUCAGAAUUCAAUUCAAGUUAAUGACAGUAGUGAAGAUGUUGCACAGCGCAAGCAACAGCUGACCUGAAGCAUCACCUUGAAGCCUGAGAAGAAAUUCAUUCUAGGUUUGAGAGGAAGUACGGAAUAAAGACUUGAUCACUAAAGAACUUGAACAAAGUCGGCUAUUAAUGGUGCACCAUGGUGAGCACCAUCAUCAACCCUGCAGUCGUUUGGUAAAAGCAUCAUCCUGAGAAAUAAAGAUGAGAGCGCCAACAUUUGGACUUCUGUGGAGCUGUCUCGGCUUUCUUCACGGCGUUCAGUGCGGUUUAGGAGACAACCAUGUGCAUUCGAGCUUUAUUUACAGGCGGUUGCGCAACCACGAGCGGCGAGAGAUCCAGAGAGAAAUCCUCUCCAUCCUGGGCUUGCCUCACCGUCCCAGACCCUUCUCCCCGGGUAAACAAGCGUCGUCGGCACCGCUCUUCAUGCUGGACCUGUACAACGCGAUGACGACCGAGGAAGAGGACGCGACACUGGGGAAGAUGCUCUCUGGGAAAGCGCGUAAAGGCGCCUCUGUGGUUCCACAUGGAUACUCGAGCGCGCCGCAGCAGGCGUACCGCGCGGCGCCCUUGACCAGUCAGAGCCCGCCUUUGGCCACCGCGCAAGACACCAACUUUCUCAAUGACGCGGAUAUGGUGAUGAGCUUUGUCAAUCUGGUCGAGCGGGACAAGGAUUUUUCCCAUCACAGACGACACUACAGGGAGUUUCGUUUCGACCUGACUCAGAUUCCGGAAGGUGAGGCAGUGACCGCCGCCGAGUUCAGGAUUUAUAAGGAUCAAAGUCACGUCAGAUAUGAGAACAUCACACUCAAGGUCACCAUAUACCAAGUCAUCAAAGAAUAUCCAAACAGGGAUGCUGAAACAUUUCUCCUGGACUCCAAAAAGAUCCGCGCUACUGAUGGGGGGUGGCUGGUGUUUGACAUCACGGCCACCAGUAAUCACUGGGUCCUGAACCCACAGCAGAACAUGGGCCUGCAGCUCUGCGUGGAGACCACUGAUGGUAGAAGCAUCAACAUGAAAUCUGCUGGCAUCAUCGGAAGGACCGGACCUCAGUCCAAACAGCCAUUCCUGGUUGCUUUUUUCAAAGCCAGUGAGGUUCUGCUCCGUUCUGUAAGAGCGACAGGAAGCAAGAGGAAGAGCCACAACAGAAACAAAAGCAAAACACAACAGAAAUCUUCACCAGCUCUCAAAAGUGGAGAUCAGAAUACCAGUGAACAGAGACAAGCCUGCAAGAAGCAUGAACUUUACGUGAGCUUCCGCGACUUAGGAUGGCAGGAUUGGAUUAUUGCUCCAGAGGGCUAUGCAGCCUUUUAUUGUGAUGGAGAGUGUUCAUUUCCACUCAAUGCACACAUGAAUGCGACAAACCAUGCGAUUGUGCAGACCUUGGUCCAUCUAAUGUUUCCUGAUAAUGUGCCAAAGCCUUGCUGUGCACCGACCAAACUGAAUGCCAUAUCGGUGCUGUAUUUUGAUGACAGCUCAAAUGUAAUUCUGAAGAAGUACAGGAAUAUGGUGGUGAGGUCCUGUGGAUGUCAUUGAGGGCAUUGAGGAGCUUCUGUGUCAUAUUGCUGGAAUAACAUAUCAAAAGAAAUAGUUUUUGACAUUUGAUGUACAGUAUUAUGUAUAUAUUAGCUCAUGAUUCCUCUUAUUUAUUUGGCUUUGUUUUGUAAUAACGUUUUUAAUAUGAGAGAUGUAGAUGAGUUACCACUCUUUACCACAGAUCCAUAGCUGAUUGCUCUUUCUCUGAGAAUAUGUUAAUAAGUUAGGCCAGUUAGAGAGAGUUUUACAGGAUCAAGUUUAAUUUCCUUUCUUUAGAUUACAUGUCAAGUUCAUAAGCAACCACUCCAAAACAAAACUGCUGCUAUUUUACAAAAGAAAUGUAAAUGCCUUAAACUCUAAAUCACCCUUUUAAUGUGGGGAGAAACAGCCAUAUUGGAUUUUACAAGCAAUUAAACAAACAAAUGUUUUUCUUUGUUAACUAAAAUUAUCGUAUAGUGUUGUUGUAAAAGCACUGAGUAUGUCCUAGGACUAUACAGUACAUAUUUCCUCAAAUAGCCCAAAGUAUUGCAGCCCACAAAUACUGUUUCAUAUUAGUUUGCUUUAGAUAUCAGUGGGUGGAUAUGCAAAAUAUAUAUAUAUAUUUUUUUUUUUCUUUGAUCAAAUAUUCUUUUUCCUUAUAUAUAUUCUUCCUUGCUUGUUGUUUUGUGUAGUCAAAGGGGCAAUUGUCAAUUAUAUCCCUGUGUUACACUGCAAUAAACCUUGGUAUGUCUGAAAUAAAACCACAACCUACAGUGGACAACACACGAACAGAGCUAAAAAUGCAGUUCUUUUGUCCCGUACACAUACACAUGGACAUGCAUUAGUACUCUGAGUAAUAUAUUUUUUGGAAAAUAUUGCAUUUAUUAUUUUAGAACAGUGUUUGUAUGUCAUUAAAUCUAUUUUCAAAUAUACUUUCUGUGUCUGUCAUUACCAGUUGACUCAACACCAUGAAUUUGCUAGAAAACACAAUUUUGACAAAUAUUUGCAUGCAAAUCUAUGUUGACCUCAUCUGAUCAAAACUUGCCAUUUUUUAUGAACCACAUUUGUCGAAUGCCAGAAAAUUGAGCGACUGUAUUUGACUUAAUUGAAACCAGUGGCCAGAGCACCCAGAUGUUAUGUGGUCCCGAUCUAAAAAGAGUGUUGACGACCAAUGAAUAGCGGAGGCCACCUGCUAACUUAACUUCUAGCGGCACGGAUGAUUUGCUUUCCUGCGGCCUGCUGCCCUGCAUGAUUACUCCUGCUGCUCCACAAUCCUAUCUACUGUUUAAUACCAUGGAUUCCUUCCAAUUCCACUAAAUGUCUUCCUUUCUACAACACCAGGCCCAGUGUGAAUGCUGCUAUUUUAAGGAAAUCUGUGCCAGUGAGCAGACUCUCUUAGAAUAGUAGCCACAUAAAAGGGGAAAGGGAUCAUUCGCCAUCGUGAGUAUAGAUGAAUAUACUGUCCUGUUCCCUGCGGAGAGCUCACAUAUGCACACGAUCGAUCAAAGUGAGGCCCUUCGGGUCUAUGGAUGCUCAUU